AAGCGUUUCCGGGGGCAGAAGGCGCAGGCUGAAUCUGUUGCGGCAGCGAAGGCUAGAACAGGCCUGCGCCGGCGGCUGAGAGAAUUCCUGGGGCGGGGGAUGUGAGUGCUGAGCCCUCAGCAGAAGUCAAUGUGAUUUUAAUUUGAAGCAAAACUGAAAUGGGUUCUUCCUCAUUCUAUUCAUAUUGCUUUUUGAUGGCCAUCGCUUAAGGAACUUUACCCCAGGAAUACAGCUUUGCAUUAGCACUGAACAAGAUUUGUGAUGAAAUGGAGCCUGGAACAAACUCUUUUCGGGUAGAAUUUCCUGAUUUUUCCAGCACCAUUCUACAGAAACUGAACCAGCAGCGCCAGCAAGGACAAUUAUGUGACGUCUCCAUUGUUGUCCAAGGCCACAUUUUCCGGGCACACAAAGCUGUUCUUGCUGCUAGUUCACCCUACUUUUGUGACCAGGUACUCCUGAAAAACAGCAGGAGAAUUGUUUUGCCUGAUGUGAUGAACCCAAGAGUGUUUGAGAACAUUCUCCUAUCUAGUUAUACAGGACGUCUAGUAAUGCCCGCUCCAGAAAUUGUAAGUUACCUGACAGCGGCAAGCUUCCUCCAGAUGUGGCAUGUGGUAGACAAAUGCACUGAAGUUUUAGAGGGAAACCCUACAGUCCUUUGUCAGAAGCUAAAUCAUGGCAGUGACCACCAGUCACCAAGCAGCAGUAGUUAUAAUGGCCUGGUAGAGAGCUUUGAGUUGGGCUCUGGGGGUCAUACUGAUUUUCCCAAAACCCAAGAACUGAGGGAUGGUGAGAAUGAAGAGGAGAGCACCAAAGAUGAGCUGUCAUCUCAGCUCACUGAGCAUGAAUACCUGCCCAGCAACUCGUCCACAGAGCAUGACCGACUCAGCACAGAAAUGGCGAGCCAGGAUGGGGAGGAGGGUGCCAGCGACAGCGCCGAGUUCCACUACGCCCGGCCCAUAUAUAGCAAGCCCAGCAUCAUGGCCCACAAACGCUGGAUCCACGUGAAGCCCGAGCGUUUAGAACAGGCUUGCGAGGGCAUGGAUGUGCACACAGCCUACGACGAGCACCAGGUCACAGAGUCCAUCAACACUGUGCAGACAGAGCACACAGUCCAGCCUUCAGGAGUGGAGGAGGACUUUCACAUCGGGGAAAAAAAAGUAGAAGCCGAGUUUGAUGAACAGGCUGACGAAAGCAAUUAUGAUGAGCAGGUGGAUUUCUAUGGCUCUUCCAUGGAAGAAUUUUCUGGAGAGAGGUCAGAUGGGAAUCUAAUUGGGCACAGACAGGAGGCUGCCCUCGCAGCAGGCUACAGUGAGAAUAUUGAAAUGGUAACAGGGAUUAAAGAAGAAGCUUCCCACUUAGGAUUCUCAGCCACCGACAAGCUGUAUCCUUGUCAGUGUGGGAAAAGUUUCACUCACAAGAGUCAGCGAGAUCGACACAUGAGCAUGCACCUUGGUCUUCGGCCUUAUGGCUGUGGUGUCUGCGGUAAGAAAUUCAAAAUGAAGCACCAUCUCGUGGGCCACAUGAAAAUUCACACAGGCAUAAAGCCGUAUGAGUGUAAUAUCUGUGCAAAGAGGUUUAUGUGGAGGGACAGUUUCCACCGGCAUGUGACUUCUUGUACCAAGUCCUAUGAAGCUGCAAAGGCUGAGCAGAAUACAACUGAGGCUAACUAAAAAUAGGAUCUGGCCCUUGAGUGGCAUGCACAAAAAUAAACUAUGGUAAUUAAUGCAAAUCUGGGCACAGAUGAUGCGUGCUACUUGCUAUUAUGAGAGAAGCUUAAAAAAAAAAAAGGAAGAUAUUUCUGAAAGACCAGCUCUAAGUAGGCCAAUUAAAAAAAUCUAAUUCCUGAAAUUUGUGUGUUCCAGUCCUGGCCUAGAAUGGGUAAUGGGGUGAGUUAACGCACUGCCCAGCUGGCAAGGUAAACCUUCCGACCAGUUGUGAUUGAGAGAGGUGGACGGAGUCACCUGCUCUUGGAACUGGACUCCAUCCCACCAGUUCCGUUUCGAGUGGCAACAGCUCUGGAUCACUCAUUGUUACAAGGUCGUGCUGAAAUUUUAUUUUGCUCUUGCUAUAGAUACUUAGAUAAUAUGGAUUUGAUUUGGUAGCUGUUUCACUGAAGGAAAUGCUACUUAUGUAAAAGCUACAAAUCAUGGGAUUCCUAGGAUGAGAAAUUGGUUAACAGAGCUCUCUUUCUGGUGUAUUCUUUCUAAAGGAUAUUUUAACUAAAACUAUGGAGAUGCUAAGAGAGUGACUUUCUGAAUAUGAAACAGAUAACUUACGGUACAAGUUUCAGUUUCUAUAAGAUGCCACUACUGUCACAAGGUGUUUCAGACUCUUGAUAAGGCAGUGUUUUGUAUUUUAGUACUAACAUAGAGUUUAAACAGUUGUAUCUAAUUGUAAUUCUCUAGAAUGCCAGAGAGAGAUAUUUCUCAUUGGUUUGCUUUCCCAAAUCCUGUUUACUUAAUUGUAGCCUCCAUGCAGUGGGGUCUACUCUGUAGCUGGUAGACGCCAAGCUGCUGUGACUCUGAUCACGGUACCACGGGCCACUGCAGCCCCUGCUCUGUCUUAGAUUAUGGUGCUUUACAAAGAAGGCAGUCAGCGACCAUGCUUAUUGGGAAGGAGCCACAAGUUGUGGCUGAGACUUCCCUGUGGACUUUAGUAGUUCAUAGAGUGUAAGGCGACACUCCACCAAUCGGAGAGAGAGCAGAUAGGAUUCUAUGAGUGGUUAUACCUAAGGGGAAAAAGCUACCCAAGAAGAACCUUGAAAAUACAUUCUUUCAAGGUGGAGGAGAUACUCUUUAGAGGGGUACACUGAGCUAAUACUGCCAGUUCUUUGAGUGCUGGAAUGUGGUUUUGAAAGGAGUCCUAAGUUUAGCAAAGUCGUCUACAGAUUCAUGCUCCCAAAUUAUAGAUAAAGCUGCUUAAAUUUUCAAGUCCACGAAGCUAUGCCUACCAAAAAAAAAAGAAAAGCAGCUAUUCUGAGACCUUUUCUGCCCAUCAGUUAGAUGGUUUAGGUCAAAAAGAAAGGUAUGUUACACAUGCUUUUAAGCUGUGUAAUCCACCUGAGGUUAUUACCAGGGUAGGACAGGGUGCCACUACUAUGUCAUCUUUUCCAUAAGUGUACUGGUUUAUUUACUUCUAAACAGAAACUUUUUUUCCUUAAAAUAAAAAUAAUUUUUCUUGGAUUUGGGGUGAAAUUUUAUUUUAAUUUGGCUUUGCUGUAAUGUAAUAGACAUUGCUGGCAAUGGCCUCUGAUUCUCAAGCUCCUAACACCAAGGUGUUUACUUGUUGAACAUUGUCUGGAAAGAGGAAAGAAAAUACUUAUUUACCAGUUAACUCUUGUAAGCAAGAUUACAAACAGGGAUUUAUUCACAACACUGUAUCAUUCUCGAUAUAUAAAAAGCACUUUGUAUUUAAAACUUUAUUAUAAAUAUAUAUAUAUUGUUUUUUUUUUAAACCUAGAAACUAGAUAUUACCUCUUGGUUGUUUGCCACAUGAAUAGCUUCUCUUAGUAUUGAAACGUUACCGGUUAGCAGUCCUUUCUCUGUAUCUGACACACGUAUACGGAGGUGACUGUACAAUCAAACCUGAUGUCUCCUUUUCUUUUUCUCAUGGUAGAGGACAGUGGGUUUUUAGGUAUGAUCCUAGCCAUUAUAUUUGAGGAGAAAUUGUUUUAUUACUCCUACUAAUUUCAGUACUAAGGUGGUGAUGCCAUUUUGUUCUGCCAAAAACUGAUCACCCUCUCCCAUGGUAUUAGCAGAACAUUUCUGCCGGUUUGGAAGGUUUGUUGUGCCAUUUCUCAUUGAAGACUAUUCCUGUGAGCAUUAGGACACUAGGAGAAGAGUCUGCGAGGUAAAAAUAUAGGUACUCCAGGAGAGUCGUGGUCCUUCAGUUCUGCUGAAAUCAGCAUAGUACCCUUGUCAUGAGGAAGAGUUUUUGUUCAGCCGAGAGUGGUGGCCAGCCUUGGGUGGUAGUUUUGGAAGUAGUCAGCUGUGCCAGGACUUAAUAUGUUGUGAAGAGAAGAGUGUCUUCUUGAAAGCCUUAUGUGUCCAUCAGCUACUAAAUGUAGAACUGAAAUAAGUUUCUCACAUCUGUUCUUUUUAAGUUUUUUGUGGUAUUUGAGGUUUUGGUAGAAAUUGGGAUCGUUUAUCAGGCAACCAGACCCUGUGAGGUGGUAAGUAUCUGAAAUGCUGGCCAUGUUCAGAGAGGCAGGAGAAGGGCAUUGCUUUAGUUUGAAUAUUAAAAGUGAAUUUUUGUACUCUGGGUUUUACCUUUUUUUCCUCCCCACCUUGGGUUGGAGGAAUAGUCUCUUCCUUUCACCUCAAUACAGCUUUAGAAACCUCUGUCCUUCCUAAUGAGUUUGGAUCGUUGUGGGUAACAUUGUUCAAAUAGUCUUUCAGGGAUCACGUCAAUGGCCUACAACCAAGGUAUUUGUCCUCUACUCUGAGUCUUAACUGUGGUUUUUCUUCAACCCUAUGGGAAGGGGCUUCAAGGCACCACCAGUGGUAUUUAAUAUUCAUACUUACACUGGCCAGACACGGUGGCUCACACCUGUAAUCCCAACACUUUGGGAGGCCAAGGCGGGUAGACCACAAAGUCAGAAGUUCAAGACCAGCCUGGCCAAGAUGAUGACACUCUGUCUCUACUAAAAAUACAAAAAUUAGCCAGGCGGGGUGGUGGGCUCCUGUAAUCCCAGCUGCUUGGGAGGCUUAGGCAGAGAAUUGCUUGAACCCAGGAGGCAGAGGUAGCGGUGAGCCUAGAUCGCUCCACUGCAUUCCAGCCUGGGUGACAGUGUGAGACUCUGUCUCCAAAAAAAAAAAAAAAAGUUUAUACUUACACCAUGUUUUUACCUUUAGAUACACACAUGACAGUAAUCCACAUGGUGAAGUGUAUGUCACCAUUAACUAAGGAAGAACUGCGAUAACUUUCCCUACUGGGCUGUGGGGUGCCUGCAGGCGCUCCAGGGCCCCAGCCUGUUGAUUCUGAUUCCUAGGUCUCAUCUUCCUCUGGUCCCUUUUGGCCAUUACUUUAAAAGCUUGCCCAAAAGGAUCCCCUCCAUUCUAGUGGGCAUUUGCUGAACUAACCUGACCCUAAGGCCGGCUUCUAACCAUCGGGGAAAGCUACUUAGCCUCCGGGGCUCCCUCCAUGAGAGGCUCACACAUUCCCAAGCUGCUGUGGAAGUGAAGCUGAGGCAUAGCAGAAGCUUCAAAGCCAUGCAUUCCCUGGGGAAGGGGAUGUGCGGUGGCCUCUGGGUGGACGUGGAGAGGGCGCCAUCACGACAAGUCCAGGUUUUUGCUUUUGGAAGGUCUGUGAUAAUUUAGGGUCGCUGGAAACCAGCCAUGUUAUCCCCGAUCCCUUCCAUGCCACCAAUUUUGUGAUUUAGGUUGCGUUAGUGGGUGAAUAACUUUGUUCAGUGAAACCAGGGUUUGUUUGGGGUUUUUUCUUUGCUACUUACAUAUUUAAAGGUACAAGUUUCUUAUUUCAGAUCUCUACUGAUAGUGCCCUAUGGGAAGAUGCUGGAACACAUUUUGCAAAUGUGACUUAUUUUUUUUUGCUUGAAGCCUGUGUCAUGUUAGUUGCUGCUGCCUUCUUUCCUUUUAUGAGGUUCCCAAUGUUUCGUCCAGAAAAGUACUUUAUUUAUGCAAGUCAGGUGACUCUUAGGCCACAAAACCAUUUGAUGAUAAACAGAUUAUCAUUAGGUGCAUAUCUUAUUGAUAUUUUGUGAAAUGUUAUGCCUAUGUUGCAAAAGUUGAAUAGUUUUGUCUUUAUAUAUUGCUGUCUUCAGUGCACAGCAUGGUUUUACUUAAUUGAAUGUUACUGUUUAAUAUUUUCUUCUUAUAGAAGAGACCACGCCCUUUUGUAUGACAUGUUUUAAUAAAUGUUAUCUGUCAACUUUGUAAAA